GGAUCUUCUGUAGUCGCUGCAUUCCCACGGACAAAGCAAUGAUUUUGUGCUUCAUAGAAUCCUAUUUUUGGUAGAGAUGGAAGCAAAGAUGAAGGCGGGUAGUGCUGCCAGGUUGAUCGUGGAUGCAUUGCUGCAGAGGUUUCUUCCUCUCGCCAGACGCCGAAUCGAAACUGCUCAAGCUCAGGACGGACAGCACCUUCGACCUUCUGACCCUGCCUAUGAGCAAGUACUGGAUUCCUUAGCUAUGAUUGCACGGCAUACUCCAGUUCCUCUUCUGGAAGCUCUCCUUCGAUGGCGAGAGAGUGAGUCUCCAAAGGGUGCAAAUGAUGCAUCUACCUUCCAAAGAAAGCUGGCUGUGGAGUGCAUAUUCUGCUCAGCUUGUAUACGCUUUGUUGAGUGCUGCCCACAAGAAGGACUUACUGAGAAGCUAUGGUCUGGUCUUGAAAAUUUUGUUUUUGAUUGGCUUAUUAAUGCUGACAGGGUUGUUAGCAAGGUUGAGUAUCCCUCCCUGGUUGAUUUGCGUGGCCUUCUUCUGGACUUAGUUGCUCAACUCUUAGGUGCCUUAUCUUGGAUCAGGUUUAGUUCUGUAACUGAACGCUUUUUCAUGGAACUCAACACUCGUCACAUUGACACUAGUGUUGCCAGAAGUGAAACACUAAAUAUUAUUAAUGGGAUGCGCUACCUAAAGCUUGGGGUUAAAACUGAGGGUGGGUUGAAUGCAUCAGCCUCUUUUGUGGCAAAAGCAAACCCACUUAACUGUGCACCACAUAGAAGAAAAAGUGAGCUCCGCCAUUCACUUUGCAAUAUGCUUUCUAACAUCCUAGCACCACUGGCUGAUGGUGGGAAGAACCAAUGGCCUCCUAGUGGUGUAGAGCAUGCACUCACUCUGUGGUACGAGGCUGUUGGGCGAAUAAGAGGCCAGCUCAUUCAUUGGAUGGACAAAAAGAGCAAACAUAUAGCUGUUGGUUACCCAUUGGUUACUCUUCUUCUUUGUCUUGGUAAUCCUCAAGUAUUCCAUAACAACCUAAGCUCUCAGAUGGAGCAACUCUACAAGCUUUUACGAGACAAGAACCACCGUUUCAUGGCUUUGGACUGUCUCCAUCGAGUUUUGAGAUUUUAUUUGAGUGUUCAUGCAGCUAAUCAGCCCCCAAAUCGUAUAUGGGAUUAUUUAGAUAGUGUGACUUCUCAACUCUUAACAGUUUUAAGAAAAGGAUUGCUUACUCAGGAUGUUCAACAUGAUAAACUUGUUGAAUUUUGUAUGACCAUAGCAGAACAUAACCUUGAUUUUGCAAUGAACCAUAUGAUAUUAGAAUUGCUGAAGCAAGAUAGUCCAAGUGAGGCAAAGGUUAUUGGUUUACGUGCUUUGCUGGCUAUUGUCAUGUCACCUUCAAGCCAGCAUGUUGGCUUGGAAAUAUUUAGAGGUCAUGAUAUUGGCCACUACAUACCAAAAGUGAAGGCUGCAAUUGAGUCAAUAUUGAGGUCAUGUCAUAGGGCCUACAGUCAAGCUCUUCUAACUUCUUCAAAGACCACAAUAGAUGCUGUAACCAAGGAAAAGUCUCAAGGGUACCUCUUUAGGUCAGUGCUUAAAUGCAUUCCCUACCUGAUACAAGAAGUUGGCCGAAGUGAUAAGAUAACUGAAAUAAUACCUCAGCAUGGUAUAAGUAUUGACCCUGGUGUUCGUGAGGAAGCAGUUCAGGUACUGAACCGGAUUGUAAGAUACCUUCCACAUCGUCGCUUUGCAGUUGUAAGAGGAAUGGCCAACUUUGUCCUCCAGCUUCCUGAUGAGUCCCCUCUUCUCAUUCAAACAUCAUUGGGACGGUUGUUAGAACUUAUGCGGUUUUGGAGAGCAUGUCUAAUUGAUGAUAAGCUGGAAGGUGAUGCUAAAGAUUCCAAGUGUGUGGGGCAGGGAAAUGACAGAUUUAAGAAAUCUUCUUUCCAUCAACCCGGAGAAGCUAUUGAGUUUCGUGCAUCAGAGAUAGAUGCAGUUGGCCUAAUUUUUCUUAGUUCUGUAGAUAGCCAGAUUCGUCACACAGCAUUAGAGCUAUUGCGCUGUGUUCGUGCCUUAACGAAUGACAUACGAGAGCUUAUGCUUCUGCAGCAGCCAGAUCAUAGUAUGAGAAUUGAAGCUGAACCUAUUUUUCUAAUUGAUGUCCUGGAAGAAAACGGGGAUGAAAUUGUUCACAGUUGCUAUUGGGACACAAGUCGUCCAUUUGAUUACAGACUAGAAUCUGAUUUAAUUCCUCCCGAAGUGACUCUUCAAUCUAUAAUAUUUGAGAGUCCUGAUAAGAACAGGUGGGCUCGGUGUCUCAGUGAGCUCAUCAUAUAUGCUGCUGAGCUUUGCCCAAGUUCUGUUCAAGAAGCGAAGGUGGAAGUUUUGCAGCGUCUUGCCCAUAUCACACCUUUUGAGUUAGGUGGAAAGGCUCAUCAGUCACAAGACGUAGACAACAAACUGGAUCAAUGGCUUAUGUACGCUAUGUUUGUAUGUUCAUGCCCACCAGAUGGCAGAGAUAUUGAAAGCUUAGCAGCAAGGAGAGAGCUUUACCAUCUCAUUUUGCCCUCUUUGAAAUCUGGAUCAGAAGUAAACACACAUGCAGCCACCAUGGCUCUUGGCCAUUCACACCUGGAAUCUUGUGAGUUCAUGUUUAGUGAGCUAGCUUCAUUUAUGGAUGAGGUUUCUUCAGAAACAGAAGGAAAACCUAAGUGGAAGAGCCAAAAACUGACACGGCGUGAGGACCUUCGUGUCCACAUUGCACAUAUAUACCGCACUGUUUCUGAGAAUAUCUGGCCAGCUUUUUUGGCCCGUAAGCCAGUUUUGCGACGCCAUUAUCUUAAGUUCAUCGAAGACACAACCAGACACAUCACACAAGCAUCUACAGAGAACUUCCAAGAAACACAACCUCUCCGUUACGCACUUGCUUCUGUUUUAAGAGCUCUGGCUCCUGAAUUUGUAGCAUCAAAAUCAGAGAGAUUUGAUCCUAGAACAAGGAAGAAAUUAUUUGAUCUUCUACUCUCCUGGUCAGAUGAUAUAGGAAGUACAUGGGGACAGGAAGUUGAGCGCUACAAGGCUUCACAACACAUACGAUCAAAAGACUCUGUAGACAGAUUUUCAUUUGACAAAGAAUUGAGUGAACAAAUUGAGACAAUCCAGUGGGCAUCCAUGAGUGCUAUGGCUUCACUUUUGUAUGGACCUUGCUUUGAUGACAAUGCAAGAAAAAUGAUCGGUCGGGUUAUAUAUUGGAUCAAUAGUUUAUUCAUUGAGCCUGCACCUAGGGCUCCAUUUGGCUACUCACCAGCUGACCCACGAACCCCAGCUUAUUCCAAAUAUAUGGAAGGAAGUCGUGGAGCUGCAGUUCGUGAUAGGCACAAGGGUGGCCAUCAUCGGGUUGCCUUAGCAAAGUUGGCUUUGAAGAAUCUUCUUCUUACAAAUUUGGACCUCUUUCCUGCUUGCAUUGAUCAGUGCUACUACUCCGAUGCUUCUAUAGCUGAUGGUUACUUUAGUGUCCUUGCUGAGGUCUACAUGCGCGAAGAAAUACCAAAAUGUCAAAUUCAGAGGCUUUUGAGCCUGAUUCUCUACAAGGUGGUUGACCCAUCUAGACAAAUUCGUGAUGAUGCUCUUCAGAUGCUUGAGACACUCUCUGUCCGUGAAUGGGCUGAGGAUGGCACUGAAGGCAGUGGAAGUUAUAGGGCUGCUGUUGUUGGUAAUCUCCCUGAUUCUUACCAACAAUUCCAAUACAAACUCUCAUGCAAACUUGCCAAAGAUCACCCGGAGUUGAGCCAGCUACUGUGUGAGGAAAUCAUGCAGAGGCAACUUGAUGCUGUUGACAUAAUUGCACAGCAUCAGGUCUUAACCUGCAUGGCUCCAUGGAUUGAGAACCUCAAUUUUUGGAAACUCAAGAACUCAGGCUGGAGUGACAGAUUAUUAAAAAGUCUUUACUAUGUGACAUGGAAGCAUGGGGAUCAGUUCCCUGAUGAGAUUGAGAAACUUUGGAGCACAAUUGCUAGCAAGUCCAGGAACAUCAGUCCCAUUUUAGAUUUCUUGAUUACAAAAGGGAUUGAAGACUGUGAUUCAAAUGCAUCUGCCGAAAUAAGUGGUGCAUUUGCCACAUACUUCUCAGUUGCAAAGCGUGUAAGUUUAUAUCUAGCACGAAUAUGCCCACAACGCACAAUUGAUCAUCUGGUUUACCAGUUGGCUCAGCGAAUGCUGGAAGAUAACAUUGAACCCAUUGGACCAAGUGCAAAUAGGGGUGAUGUUAAUGGAAAUUUUGUUUUGGAAUUCUCUCAGGGUCAUGCAACAGCACAGAUUGCAUCUGUUGUGGACAGUCAGUCACAUAUGUCGCCUUUACUUGUUCGAGGUUCAUUUGAUGGUCCAUUGAGGAAUACUAGUGGGAGCCUGAGCUGGAGAACAGUAGGUGUUGGAGGACGAAGCACCUCAGGCCCACUAAGUCCCAUACCUCCUGAGUUGAAUAUUGUUCCUGUUGCUGCAGGCAGGUCUGGACAGCUCCUUCCAGCAUUGGUAAACAUGUCAGGGCCUCUAAUGGGGGUUCGAAGUUCAACAGGAAAUGUACGGAGCAGACAUGUUUCUCGGGACAGUGUAGAAUACCUCAUUGACACUCCAAACUCAGGUGAAGAUAUCUUGCAUUCUGGGAUUAGUAUGCAUGGUGUUAAUGCCAAGGAACUUCAGUCAGCGCUGCAAGGGCAUCAGCACUCACUCACACAUGCAGAUAUAGCACUCAUUUUACUUGCAGAGAUUGCAUAUGAGAAUGAUGAAGACUUCCGUGAACACUUGCCUCUGCUUUUUCACGUCACGUUUGUUUCAAUGGAUAGUUCUGAGGAUAUUGUGCUGGAACACUGCCAGCACUUGCUCGUCAAUCUGCUCUACUCGCUUGCGGGUCGGCAUUUGGAGCUGUAUGAGGUGGAGAACAGUGAUGGAGAAAACAAGCAGCAGGUUGUCAGCCUGAUCAAGUAUGUCCAGUCAAAGCGUGGGAGCUUGAUGUGGGAGAAUGAAGAUCCCACUGUGACAAGAACUGAGCUUCCUAGUGCUGCACUGUUGUCUGCCCUUGUUCAGAGUAUGGUUGAUUCAAUAUUCUUCCAAGGAGAUCUCCGUGAGACUUGGGGGACUGAAGCACUUAAAUGGGCUAUGGAGUGCACAUCAAGACACCUUGCCUGUCGCUCACACCAGAUCUAUCGUGCACUGCGGCCUAGUGUUACUAGUGACACAUGUGUGGCACUUCUUCGUUGCCUUCAUAGAUGCAUGGGGAAUCCAGUUCCUCCAGUUUUGGGCUUCAUCAUGGAAAUAUUACUGACACUGCAAGUGAUGGUGGAGACAAUGGAACCAGAAAAGGUGAUACUUUACCCCCAGCUCUUUUGGGGUUGUAUAGCCAUGAUGCACACAGAUUUUAUUCAUGUCUACUGUCAAGUACUUGAGCUUUUCUCACGGGUGAUUGAUCGUUUAUCAUUCCGGGAUACAACAACAGAAAAUGUACUCCUCUCAAGCAUGCCUCGAGACAAAUAUGAUACUAGUGAUGUUGCAGACUUCCAGCGGUUGGAGUCUAGGGGCUAUGAGUUGCCAUCAUCCAGUGGGAAUCUGCCAGCAUUUGAAGGAGUGCAGCCUCUCGUGCUUAAAGGACUCAUGUCAACUGUUAGUCAUGGUGUAUCUAUUGAGGUCCUCUCUCGUAUGACGGUGCACUCAUGUGACUCCAUAUUUGGAGAUCACGAGACCAGACUCCUCAUGCACAUAACGGGUUUGCUUCCCUGGCUUUGCUUGCAGCUCAGCAAAGAUGCAGUGGUGGGUCCAGCUUCACCUCUCCAACAACAAUACCAAAAAGCAUGUUCUGUCGCUGCCAACAUCUCAAUUUGGUGCCGAGCAGAAUCCUUGGAUGAAUUAUCUACUUUAUUUAUGAUUUACUCAAGAGGUGAGAUUAAAAGCAUUGAUAAUCUCCUUGCUUGUGUGUCACCACUGAUGUGCAAUGAAUGGUUCCCUAAGCACUCAGCGCUAGCUUUUGGCCACUUGUUGCGGCUCCUGGAGAGAGGACCUGUUGAGUAUCAACGUAUAAUAUUGCUCAUGUUGAAGGCAUUGCUGCAGCACACCCCAAUGGAUGCUGCUCAGAGCCCACACAUGUAUGCAAUUGUAUCCCAGCUGGUGGAGAGCACUUUAUGUUGGGAGGCACUGAAUGUGCUGGAAGCCCUUCUGCAGAGCUGCAGUUCGUUGACAAACUCUCAACCACACGACCCCGGGUCAUAUGAAAACGGAACUGAUGAUAAGAUGCUAGCUCCUCAGACCUCAUUUAAGGCUCGAAGCGGGCCCUUACAAUACGCUAUGGGAGCCGGUUUUGGUGUAACUCCUACUUCAGCUCUGCAAGGCGGGUCAACCGAAUCAGGGAUGCCACCUAAAGAGGUGGCUUUGCAAAACACACAGGUGAUCCUUGGCCGUGUGCUUGACAACUGCGCUCUGGGGAGGAGGAAGGAUUACAAAAGGUUAGUGCCUUUUGUCACCACAAUUGGGCAUCCCUGACCUACAUGCUAAUAUGCAUCUACCUCCACUUUGAGCAUGCAUUAUGUACUCUUGGUUAAAAUCAUUGAGGGAAACUUGGAAGCUGAUUCUGUAAAUAGGCAUCUAAAUUUGUAGUUCUGGUUGGUGACAUAAUGGUUUCAGCAUUUCCAGUUCCAGGCCCCAUUGCUCAAGUGUAUCCAUCACCUAUAUUUUUUUAGUUGUUUAACAAUUUCCUUUUACUCCUUUUUUUUUUUUUUUUUUUCCUUUUUGAUUUGUUCUCUCUUGUUCCUUUCCUUUGAAAACAAAAAAGGGGAAUUCAAAAGUGAGAAAAGGAAGAACAUGGAGGGAGAAGUUGACUGGGGCUUCACAAUAAUGUCCGCUUAAGCAAAAAGGUGAACCUAGUGAGGGUAUUUUGUUCAAAAGAAUACAAGAAAUAUAUAUUUGUCAAUAGAAUUUGGAGAGCAAAGGAGCAAUGGUAAAAUUUUAGGGGGUUCUAGAAUAUUCUGAGCCAUGCAGAACCUUUCAAAUAUGUGAAGACAAUUACCAUGUGAGAAGAUCCGCAGAGUCCACACCACAUGAAGAAAAGGGUAUAUUUUUUUUCACAAAUUACAAUACAUAUUAUAUUUAAUC